AUGUCUGAUCCUAAGACUACCGUACCUAAAUUCGCAUCCUUCAGAGCAAAGCCAGCGCCAACUGAUAAAAUCGAGGAGGAAAGGCAUCAAUCAGGGACCAAUGAUCGAGAAAGUUCAAGGCAUCGAAGACACAGAUCAAGGUCUAGGGAAAGAAUUCGUCAUGAGACGCGACCGGCAAGAGAUGAAUCCCUUUGGGUAAUUGACAGGAAGGGCGAUGUGAAGAACCUGAUCUAUGGGAGCAUCCAUAAGUACAGUGUGCCGCCUUUUCACCGGGUUGGGGCGGGUGGUGUUUUAGGAGCCCCGUCUGGCAUGAAGAUUGACAGAGACUAUGGAGACGAGAAAGGCAUUGUCUUGGUCAACCCGAGGGAUUCAAAAUUAUACUCACGGGACAAGUACAUUUUCUCGAAGCUUGAGAAAGAAAGGCCUCGACUUUUGAAGAUACGCCCAGAACUCUUAGUUGAGCGCUCUACUGAGGGCGAAUUGGAUUUCAUCUCUCUGACAACGAGGGGAAGGAAACGGAAGAGAGCGGAGGUCGCGAAUACCUCUGACUCCGAAGAUGAUGAAACAAAUUAUCGAUCCAUACAUGGUAAAUCAAAGCUGAAAGACGAGCCUACGGAUGAUACGUUUCAAUAUGCCACUGAGAGCGAGUCAUCAGGACCAGAACGAACAGUAAAACUAGAUGACGCCGUCAAGCAGAAGACCAUUCAAUUAUCGAGGAAAGUUGAACAAUCUCCUCACGAUAUUGAUGCAUGGCUCGCAUUAAUUGAGCAUCAAGACACUCUCAUUCAGGAAGAUGGCCGCCGCCGGGUCACUAACGCUGAGAUCCGAAGUACCGCAGACAUCAAGAUCCAUAUGUAUGAGAAGGCUUUGGAAAAAGCUAGAUCAUUACACGACAGGGAAAAACUCCUGCUUGGCUUAAUGACCGAAGGCUCAAAGGUCUGGGAGGUAAAGGCCCAAGCAGAAAGGUGGGAGCAGAUUUCAAAAGAGAAUAUUGACAGUCUUGUAUUAUGGAAGAGCUAUGUGAAUUUCAAACAAGCCACGUUUACAAAUUUUCGAUGGGAAGAAGUACGAGAAGUCUUCGUGAAGAGGAUAAAGCUUUUGCUAGGGACUAUCAGUUCUGCGAAAGCAGAUACCCUUGAUUCUUUCUAUAAGCAACUUCUCUACGUCUUGCUCAGGUUCACAAUAUUUACACGAGAGUCAGGGUAUUCGGAGUUGGCCAUAGCCAUCUGGCAAGGCCUACUUGAGUUCAACUUCUUUGCUUCUCCGUCAUCAGGUUCGCACGAAGAGAAAGUCGCAAGUUUCAAGGAGUUUUGGGAUAGCGAGGUGCCACGGAUUGGUGAAGAUGGAGCUCAAGGCUGGCUUCACUUCGUGACAAAUUCAAGUACCGCCGAACCUCCUGAUGCCUUGACCGAUGAAACACGAGAUCUGUUGGAUAACGAAGAUUUGUUUGAAAGCUGGGCAAAGGCCGAACGUUUAAGAUCGAACGCAUCACGCCUUCCUGCUAGGACGAUGGACGAGGUAGUAGAGGACGACCCCUUUCGGGUGAUCUUGGUCUCAGACAUUGAAGAUUUCCUUAUAUACUUGCCAUCUCAAUCGGAAAAUUUGCGGAAGUCACUCCUUAACGCGUUCCUGCUGUUCUGCCGCCUACCACCCUUGGGUACAGGCGACAAAGAGACGUCGGAAAUAUUAACUGACCCUUUCAUUGGAGGAGAACUACUAGAGGCAGACCCUGCGUGGAUCAUUCGCAAAUACUUGUCGACGUCUCAUAGUCCCAAGGACGAUACAAAAGCAGACAUGUCAUAUAUCCUCAAGACUCCGUCAUCAAACUUUCCGGCCUCUCCAGAGUCUAUGUUUGGUGUAACUUGGUUCAAGAGCCUCCCAGUCUGGCAAGAUAACUAUGCUGGAGAUAACGGGCCCCUGACUUAUAGCUGGAUUCGAAAUACCCUCAAGCAACUCAUACCGGUGCAUCCACAUGAAGAUCUAGCUGAGUAUUAUCUGUCGUUUGAAUGGCGAAAUGAACCUGAAACGAUCAAGAAGAUCUCGAAGGGCCUGCUUAAGCAACACCCCUCGAGUCUUAGACUGUACAACGCCUAUGCCAUGAUAGAAUGGUCAAGAGGGAACAAGGAGGUUUCUAAUGGUGUUUUCUCUGCUGCUCUUAACAUGAGCAAAUCGAUGUCUGAAGAUAAAGGCAGAGAUUCAAUCAUUCUCUGGAAGAGUUGGAUUUGGGCUUCACUUGAGGAGUCGGACCAUAGUGCUGCGCUGAGCCGGCUCCUCUCUAUCGCAGACUGCACUCUCGGUGAGACUGUUACUGCUACUCCUGCAAUCCUCCUAAGAACAAGGCAGCAUAUCUCAUCAAAUCGAGAUUUCUACAUCUCGUCUGGUCACUUACACCAUGCUGUUCUCUAUGCCGAAUGUCUAGCACUCCUCGAAUAUCUCUCCCCAGAUCUAGCUGCCGACAGAAUAUCAAGCAAUCAAGGCAACAUCGACGCUGCACUUUCCAGCUAUACCAAGUUCUCCCAGACCCUUAUAGACCGCAACCUAGGUAGCACAACCUCUCACGAGCUGUUCCUGCAAUCUGCUUCUCGUCUUCUAUACCACCACGCUCGCAUCGGUCCCUUCCGGCCAGCCCUUAUCCGAGAACAUCUCACCAACUUCCUCACCCUCUUCCCACGAAAUACCAUCUUCCUCUCACUCUACGUCUUCAACGAAUCCCGUAUGCGGAUCGAUAACCGCGUCCGGAUGAUCCUCGUCUCGAAAAUUCUAACCCCCGAGAAUGACACACUCACCUCCCGUCUCUUCGCUAUCUACUACGAAAUCAACUACGGGACCAUCCACUCUGUGCGCUCCGCCUUCGAGCACGCCCUCUCUUCACCCUCAUCCAAAUCUUCCGCCGGUCUCUGGAGGUUCUACAUCCUGUACGUUCUGCAAACACCGCAGUUCCGACCACAUGCCAAAGAGAUCUGGCAUAGAGCACUGCGAGCCUGCCCAUGGGCAAAGGAGCUCUACGUCAUAGGUUUCGAAAAGCUGGAUGGGCUGGUGGAGUUCGCGGAGCUGCGGCGCACUUGGAGAGUUAUGGGCGAGAAGGAAUUGAGAGUCCAUGUCGACUUGGAGGAUAGGUUUGAUAGGAUGCGGGAGCUGGAAGAGAAGAAGGUUAAGAGACUUACUGAGUAA